AUGCCCAUUAGAUUGAUGAAGGCUAUGAAGAAAAUCUCCGGCUGUGUAGAAGCAAGCUGCGUAUACCGGGGCAGAGAUCCAAAACCGGAUGAAUCACGCCGAGCUGAAGAACAAGUUAGGCCCACAAGAAUAAUCAAGGCUAAGAAGAAAAUCUCCGGCUGUGUAGAAGCAAGCUGCGUAUACCGGGGCAGAGAUCCAAAACCGGAUGAAUCACGCCGAGCUGAAGAACAAGUUAGGCCCACAAGAAUAAUCAAGGCUAAGAAGAAAAUCUCCGGCUGUGUAGAAGCAAGCUGCGUAUACCGACGCAGAGAUCCAAAACCGGAUGAAUCACGCCGAGCUGAAGAACAUGUUAGGCCCACAAGAAUAAUCAAGGCUAAGAAGAAAAUCUCCGGCUGUGUAGAAGCAAGCUGCGUAUACCGGGGCAGAGAUCCAAAACCGGAUGAAUCACGCCGAGCUGAAGAACAAGUUAGGCCCACAAGAAUAAUCAAGGCUAAGAAGAAAAUCUCCGGCUGUGUAGAAGCAAGCUGCGUAUACCGGGGCAGAGAUCCAAAACCGGAUGAAUCACGCCGAGCUGAAGAACAAGUUAGGCCCACAAGAAUAAUCAAGGCUAAGAAGAAAAUCUCCGGCUGUGUAGAAGCAAGCUGCGUAUACCGGGGCAGAGAUCCAAAACCGGAUGAAUCACGCCGAGCUGAAGAACAAGUUAGGCCCACAAGAAUAAUCAAGGCUAAGAAGAAAAUCUCCGGCUGUGUAGAAGCAAGCUGCGUAUACCGGGGCAGAGAUCCAAAACCGGAUGAAUCACGCCGAGCUGAAGAACAAGUUAGGCCCACAAGAAUAAUCAAGGCUAAGAAGAAAAUCUCCGGCUGUGUAGAAGCAAGCUGCGUAUACCGGGGCAGAGAUCCAAAACCGGAUGAAUCACGCCGAGCUGAAGAACAAGUUAGGCCCACAAGAAUAAUCAAGGCUAAGAAGAAAAUCUCCGGCUGUGUAGAAGCAAGCUGCGUAUACCGGGGCAGAGAUCCAAAACCGGAUGAAUCACGCCGAGCUGAAGAACAAGUUAGGCCCACAAGAAUAAUCAAGGCUAAGAAGAAAAUCUCCGGCUGUGUAGAAGCAAGCUGCGUAUACCGGGGCAGAGAUCCAAAACCGGAUGAAUCACGCCGAGCUGAAGAACAAGUUAGGCCCACAAGAAUAAUCAAGGCUAAGAAGAAAAUCUCCGGCUGUGUAGAAGCAAGCUGCGUAUACCGGGGCAGAGAUCCAAAACCGGAUGAAUCACGCCGAGCUGAAGAACAAGUUAGGCCCACAAGAAUAAUCAAGGCUAAGAAGAAAAUCUCCGGCUGUGUAGAAGCAAGCUGCGUAUACCGGGGCAGAGAUCCAAAACCGGAUGAAUCACGCCGAGCUGAAGAACAAGUUAGGCCCACAAGAAUAAUCAAGGCUAAGAAGAAAAUCUCCGGCUGUGUAGAAGCAAGCUGCGUAUACCGGGGCAGAGAUCCAAAACCGGAUGAAUCACGCCGAGCUGAAGAACAAGUUAGGCCCACAAGAAUAAUCAAGGCUAAGAAGAAAAUCUCCGGCUGUGUAGAAGCAAGCUGCGUAUACCGGGGCAGAGAUCCAAAACCGGAUGAAUCACGCCGAGCUGAAGAACAAGUUAGGCCCACAAGAAUAAUCAAGGCUAAGAAGAAAAUCUCCGGCUGUGUAGAAGCAAGCUGCGUAUACCGGGGCAGAGAUCCAAAACCGGAUGAAUCACGCCGAGCUGAAGAACAAGUUAGGCCCACAAGAAUAAUCAAGGCUAAGAAGAAAAUCUCCGGCUGUGUAGAAGCAAGCUGCGUAUACCGGGGCAGAGAUCCAAAACCGGAUGAAUCACGAAUAUCCUGUAUCAAGUAUCGCUGCAAUGUUUGCCGAAACCCAACGGCCUCUGUUGAGCAAGGCACGCUGGAAGUAGGACAGCCACAUCGCGCCGAGGUGGUGGAGGCGGAAGAUAACCUUGCAGUGAGGAAGGUCAGUGCACACCUGCGAGACCCCGGGAGGCUUCCUGGACUGGCUGGAGCUGGAACUGGAGAUGACGGUAGAGGUGGAGGUAGAUCUCAAACUGUGCUGGAGUUUCGUUACCACUGA